GCUUCCGCCUACGUAACAUAUUUUAUGCGUCUACUGAGGACCAAUCCCCACAAGUCCGGCAACUGACCAUGCAAUGGAAUAAUGUUGUCUCUCGCAUCCGCCUGCUGUCCUGACUUUUCCCGUUUUCUCCUGCUUCCGACCUCCAGAAGGCGGCAGAAGGUAGUCAAAUCAUUAUUGUCAAUGCGAGCAAGUAUAGCUGUGACGCCUUGAUCAUCACGAGCACCCAAGAUCCUAUCCACGUUCCACUUGAUAUUACACCUAGCGGAGGUCUCCGAGUUGUCAUCCGAGUUCCAAUCACUCACAGAGCGUGUCGGUUCUUCUGACCGUGGACUUGAAUUAUACAUGAUUGUCAGCAUCCUACGCACGCUUUGUAAUCGCGUCGUUGCCCCCAUAUUGUCCCGUGGCUCGCGCAUCUGGUGGUGUCCUACUGCGAAGUUCACGCUGCUUCUUCUACAUGCAGCGGGGCCGUAUGAGAAGAAGAAACAUAAUUUGUCUCACUUUUACCAUGUUUCUCAAGAUGCGUCGGUCCAGCAUUUUGUUGCCGUCGGUCAAGGAAUGCCGAAUCGAAAACAACCAUUCGAGUCUUCCUUCGCGAUGGGAGACGGUCCUCUCACCAUCAGGGACGUCAUCUGAUCUCGCUCGCAAAAUCCAGAAUUUGCAUUCUUAUCUGCUUGCCACGCUACUGUGGGCGAUGAAUCGAGCCCAGACGAGGCAAUCCAUCUUGCUGCAGCGAUGCAGUUCUUCGGAUUUCGUAGUGUAAUAGGUUCUAUGUGGUCUGUCGAUGAUGAAGUUGCAGGCCAGGUUGUUACUGCUUUUUACGACAGCCUGGUUGAUGGUUCGGGGAGAUUGGACUGUCGACGCGCUGCAGGUUGCGUUGCAUAAGGCUGUGAAGU